AUAGCACAGGGACUUAAUUAUAAAUUUUCAAAUAAUACAGGGCUUUUCCCAUAUUUUACCCAAGAAAAACCUUUAAAUAAGUCUUCCAGCCUUCUCCUGGCGUUGUUGCAGCCUAUCUGGCCACCUUAACCGCCUCUUUUUCCAUUCUCCCUUUUCUAAUUCUUUUUCGCUCCUGUCCCAAUUUCGAAACCCUAAGCUCAACGCAGAGGAUUCAAACUCCGAAAUGAUAGAAAGGGCUCGAAUUAAGCUGAGCCCAUGGCAGCAGGCGGCUGUCGCGGUAGGUUCAGCGGUGGGUGCGUUGUUCAAUCCACGAAGGGCAGAUUUAAUAGCAGCUCUUGGAGAGACAACUGGAAAGCCUGCUUUCGAAAGAGUUCUUGAGAGAAUGAAAAGGAGCCCAGAAGGCAGAGCAGUGCUCCAUGAGCGACCGCGUGUUAUAUCUGCAAAAGUGGGUCAGGCAUGGGACCUACCAGAAAACACUUUUGGUGCUGCCUAUGCAAGGUUUAUGGGAUCCAGGAACUUUUCCCCGGAUGAUAGGCCACCAGUUCGGUUUAUGGACACGGAUGAACUGGCAUAUGUGGCUAUGCGGGCUCGUGAGGUGCAUGACUUCUGGCAUACCCUUUUUGGCCUUCCUACUAACUUGAUUGGUGAAUCUGCAUUGAAGGUUAUUGAAUUUGAGCAAAUGUAUCUCCCAAUGUGCCUCCUUUCAGUAGUAGGUGGAACAGCAAGAUUUAAUGAAAAACAAAGAACAUUGUUCUUCCAGCAUUACUUCCCAUGGGCUGUCAAGGCUGGUAUGCAAUGCACAGAUCUCAUGUGUGUAUAUUAUGAGCAGCACUUUCAUGAAGAUUUGGAGGAUGUUCGAAGGAAAUGGGGGAUAAUACCAGCUCCUACUGCCCCUAAAUAAAGUAUCAGCCAAAAUCCAUAUAGUGCUGGUUUGGGUAUACUUAAGCUCUAGCCCCUCACUCCUGGUUCCUUUCUGGAUUAGAUGCACAGACUGCAAUUUGUCUAAGAUCUCAUUGAAUGGCAUAAAAAAAAAUUGUCUAGUAUUACAAUUUUCCAUAUGUGAUUGGCAAGAAAUUUUGGGAUUGGUGGCUAGCAAAGGAGAAAAUGAAUUUUGUGGGUGUCAUAUCCAUUGAUUCAAAUGUAACUGGUAAACUAUUUUGCUUUCAACUGUUGAUUGACCACACUCAGUAAAAACGGCUUUGUUGUAAUAGUUUUGAUGCUACAGUGUUUUUAUGCAUAUGCACACGGAGCUAUCCUCUCUUCAAGGGUUAACUCGACUAAUAUCUGUCUACUUCUUUUAAAGCGUUUGACAUGACACGAACUCAGGAGUUGAGCUUAAUUCUUCAGAAUUUUUUUGACAAUCAAACUAUCUUUGAACAGGAUUCUGCAUCUUUUUCAGUUAAUUUUGUCUUGCAAGGACUAAGAACUAGGUUACAAUCUAUACCGGCUUCAAGACAUAAGAGGUACAAUUCUCUAAUGGUUUGUUGGCCCCAAGAAUGAGGGAAAGCGCUUGGGACAACCUCCUCCCCUUCUUGGGCUUUUUCCAAAUGAAAGGGCCUUAAACACUAACAUUUUGCAAG